CAACCUCUCGCAGUCCCUCCUUUCCUCCUCUGCCUCCGACCUCCGUAGCGAAUCGGAUCGGGGUCUAGGGUUUCGGCGCGCUUCUCCAACCAGACGCGAGGGCUAGGCUGAGCAUGGAGGGAGCAGGCGCGGCCCGGAAGAGGUCCCGGCCGGAGUCGGCGAACGGGUAUGCCGCCGGCGGGAAGCGCUCCAAAGACACGGAGUCAUUUCAAACUGGUCAAUCAAGCAAAUCGAAGCCUUGCACCAAGUUUUUCAGUACCAUUGGGUGCCCAUUUGGUGAGGGAUGCCAUUUUCUGCACUUUGUCCCCGGUGGUUACCCAGCAGUUGCAAAAAUGCUCAAUCUAGGUAGCCCUGCUGUAUCUGCGCCAUCAAGAACUCAUGUGGAUCAUGCCGCUCUUACUGGCGCCUCUCAUCAAGCUUCGAUGGGCAAGACACGCAUGUGCACCAAGUACAAUACGACGGAAGGCUGCAAAUUUGGUGAUAAGUGCCACUUUGCUCAUAGCGAAAGAGAGCUUGGGAAGCCAGCCUACAUGUCUCAUGAAGGACCUCCUAUGGGUGGUCGAUAUGGAGGCCGACCUGAACCUCUGCAACAAGCUUCCAUGGGUCCUCCAGCAGGAAACUUUGGUGCUUCGGCGACUGCCAAGAUCAGUGUGGAUGCCUCUCUUGCCGGUGGCAUAAUCGGUAAGGGUGGGGUCAACACUAAGCAGAUAAGCAGAGUUACAGGCGUCAAGCUCUCCAUCCGCGACCACGAGUCUAACCCCAGCCAGAAGAACAUUGAGCUUGAAGGCAAUUUUGACCAGAUCAAGCAAGCCAGUGACAUGGUGAGGGACCUCAUUGCGACCAUCAGCGCAAGCAUGCCGGCAAAAAACCUAUCUGCUUCCGCUGCUCCAGCAGGAGGCCGAGGCGGUGGUCUUGGGGGCAGGAGCAACUACAAGACGAAGCUGUGCGAGAACUUCGUGAAGGGUGCCUGCACUUUCGGCGACCGGUGCCACUUUGCCCAUGGCGAGACCGAGCAGCGGAGAGGUGCUGCUUGAGAGUUGAGGUGCUCUAGGCAUGAGAGAUGCCCUGUGCUCUCUCCAUUUGCUACUGUGAAUUUUUCUCCUUGCAGCGUUAGGCGGUUCGACUGUUGUAUUGCGAUUUCAGUCGAUUAAACUCUAGAUUUCAGCUUUUCUUUUAUGAUAUAAGUUUGCGAAAACGUUAUUCUGUCACUCAUGCCCCUGAAUGUUAUGACUUAUGGGCUUAUGGCAACUUGCAUUUUGUUGGUCAGUUUCAGUUAGCAGCUGGUGGCCCAUGACAAA